GACCCGAAACACAAGCCUCUUCUUAACACAGCGCGCAUCCAACCUGGAAGCCAGCCGCACCAAUGUCAUUUUGAUAGAAACAUUUGAUGGGGAAAUACCAAUUGGAUGGAAACCGACUAAUAAUUUCGUCACCAAUUAUGCUAAAACUUGAGGCUAGAGCGUGCAUCUACGCCAUAGGCAAAGAUGGGGGGCGUGUUCAUAGAAAUGGCACUAUGCUGUCAAACCAAAAUUGGAACGCAACCUGUGAAAAAAAUUGCACCUGAUCUACCUGCCUAGGAAGGAGCGUGAUUGAUGCCGCGAGUCCGGUGUUGGAGAGAUUAGUCAGAGAAGGGCUGCUGGAAAUGGAGUGUUGAUACAGAUGAGCUGCUACCUCCAACCUACAGUAUUUCCCGUCAACCCUUAGGGUGCCUUGCUGUGGGAAUACCUCACCAAGACCUAAACUGGACCUGACUCGCCUGCAACAUCCAAGCAUUCAGUGUCUUAGAAUCUCUCAUAAUCAACUGAAAGACUGGUACUUACAUUGAAAGGGUACUGAUCACUAAAGCAACCAUAUCACCUAACUCCUCAAUAACUGUCUUUAGAAGUAUUAUCCAAGAUGGCUCCCACCACCAUGGAGGCAGCGGACAUCGUUGUUGUGGUGCUGUACUUCAUCCUGGUCCUUGCCAUUGGCUUCUUCGCCAUGAUGAAAGCCAAUCGGAGCACUGUGAGUGGUUACUUCCUGGCCGGCCGAUCAAUGAACUGGGCUAUGAUUGGUGCCUCUCUGUUCGUCAGCAACAUUGGCAGCGAGCAUUUCAUUGGCCUUGCAGGGUCCGGGGCGGCCAGUGGGUUCGGAGUCGCCGCAUGGGAGUUCAAUGCCCUCCUGCUCCUCCAGCUCCUGGGCUGGGUGUUCAUCCCGGUUUACAUCCACUCUGGGGUCUACACAAUGCCAGAGUACCUGGCCAAGCGCUUCGGCGGCCGACGGCUCAAGGUCUACUUCGCUGCUCUCUCUCUGCUGCUCUACAUUUUCACCAAGCUCUCUGUGGACCUGUACUCCGGAGCGCUCUUCAUCCAGGAGUCACUGGGCUGUAAUCUCUAUCUGUCCAUCAUCCUUCUCAUCACCGUGACCACGCUGCUGACCGUCACAGGGGGCCUGGUUGCGGUCAUCUACACCGACACCCUCCAGGCGUUCCUGAUGAUUGGCGGCGCGCUAUGCCUAACCGCCAUUAGCCUGGUAAAAGUGGGUGGCCUGGAAGGGGUGCUGACUAAGUACAUGGAAGCCAGACCGAACAUCACAGCGAUAUUAGCAUCCUCCAACUUCACCUAUAUCCCCUCCUGCCAUGUGGAGCCCAAGCCCGACUCCCUGCGCAUCCUAAGGGGCCCGCUGGACAAGGAUCUCCCCUGGCCGGGCUUCCUCCUUGGCCAGACCCCGGCCUCCAUCUGGUACUGGUGUGCCGACCAGGUCAUCGUCCAGCGGGUGCUAGCCGCACGGAGCAUCUCCCACGCUAAAGGCUCCACACUGAUGGCCGGCUUCCUCAAGAUCCUGCCCAUGUUCAUCAUCAUCAUUCCCGGGAUGAUCUCCCGCAUACUGUUUGCAGAUGAGCUGGCAUGUAUCAGCCCAGAACACUGCAUGGAGGUGUGUGGAUCCAGGGCCGGGUGCUCUAACAUCGCCUACCCCCGCCUGGUGAUGUCCGUCAUGCCGGUGGGUCUGCGUGGCCUGAUGAUGGCGGUGAUGAUCGCAGCGCUCAUGAGCGACCUGGACUCAAUCUUCAACUCCGCCAGCACCAUCUUCACCUUGGACAUUUACAAAAUGGCGCGGGAGCGGGCGUCGUCGAGGGAGCUGAUGGUGGUUGGACGUGUGUUUGUGGUGUUCAUGGUGGUUAUCAGCAUCGCCUGGGUUCCUGUCAUCAUCGAGAUGCAGGGAGGCCAGAUGUUCUACUACAUCCAGGAAGUGUCUGACUACCUGACCCCACCCAUCGCUGCCCUAUUCCUGCUGGGCGUCCUAUGGCGGCGCUGCAAUGAGACAGGUGCGUUCUGGGGUGUCAUAGUGGGGUUCGCGUUGGGCGCCACGAGACUGGUGCUUGCGUUCAUCUACAGAGAGCCCCACUGCGACGAGCCGGACGAGCGGCCGUCUUUUGUCAAGGACGUUCAUUUCAUGUACGUGGCAGCCGGGCUGUUCUGGAUCUCAGGCCUGGUGGCUGUGGUGGUUAGCCUCUGCACCCCUCCACCGAGCAUAGAGCAGGUCCGCACCACUACCUUCUGGGGGCUACGCCAAAGAAACACAACCCUAAACAUAGAGAGAGACGAGGAGGAGAUGAGCAAGCUGAACCCCCAAACUAAGACCCAUGUCAAUGGGAAUGGCUGCAUAGACAAGGAGACGACCAAAGACCUCCAUAAUGGGGUGGAGGCUUUAUCCUAUAUGGAGUCUCCGUCUAAUCUCCAAAAUGGCGGCCACCCGACCUUUUCAAGCACUAGAAUGGCGGUAAACCAAGAAAAGCCUUGGGUGGUCUGCUGUGGAGGAGUAGGAGGGGAGAAGGGGAGGUGUGUGAGGGUUCUAGAGUGGUUCUGUGGGUUUAAGGAGGAGCCGGCUAAGACCCGGCCCAGAUCAGCCGAGGAGGAAGAGAGACUUUUGCAGGAGAUGCUCCAGGAGACCCCCAGAACCAGACUCAUCCUCAACAUGGGCCUGGUGCUGGUCUGCUCUGUGGGGGUGUUCCUCUUCAUCUACUUCUCUCUGUAGGAGGGGAUCUCAACCUGUGACAUACACAAUAUAGUUUAUAUGUAAUAUGUCUGUCUACAUGUGACAUCUAAAGAAGUGUUUCUUAACUUGUGUUUCCUACGCCACCCCAAAAGUUCAAGCCCAGUGAAUCAGGUGUGCUUCAGCUGGCCUAGAACAAAAAUGUCCAACCUUGGUGGUCCUCCAACAUGGAUUCCGGGGUAGACAUAACAUGGGAAACGUAAAUCUAGUAUGUAAUGUUACAUUUCUUAUGGUACAGUGCCUUAAAGUAUUCACACCGCUUUACUUUUUCAAAAUUUUGUUGUUACAAAUUGGGUUUAAAAUAGAUGUAAUUGUCAUUUUUUGUCAACGAUUUACACUACAUACUCAAUUCAAAGUGGAAAGAAAUUCACAACAAAUUAAAUGGAAAAUAAAACACUAAUAUCUUCAUUAGAGAAGUAUUCAACCCCCUGAGUCAAUACAUGUUAGAAUUACCUUUGGAA